UACAGUUUUUCAUACGGACAUUAACCACCUAAGAGUGGAAAGAAAACAAGAGCAGAGUCAGAAGUUACUUCAAAUUAGGUGUGACAAGAAGGAAGAAUGAUAUCUUGGUCGGUAGAGCUCUGAAAAUACGACGUCUAGUAUGUUCCUAGGGGGGGGGGGUAUAAUCGCAUGCCCUGUCCAACUCAGCUCACCCAUCGAAGAAAAGCCACCUUCGAAAUUGGCUCUAUCCAUGAAUGGCGCCUUUAAUGUAAAGGGAAGCGGGGAAGGAAUAGUACUUAAAGGAUCAGGUGAUAUAGUUAUCGAGUAGGUGCUGACGUUCGAGUUCACCAACAGCAACAAUCAAGCAAAGUAUGAGGCCUUUGUCGCUGAUAUGGCCAUUACCUUAGAAACGGGAGCUACCAGCCUAAAAAUUAAAAGUAUCUCUCAAUUAGCCACCAAUCAAGUCUCAAGACAAUAUCAGGCCAAGGAGCCCCAACUGAUAAAAAAUCUACAAAAGGGAAAAAGAUAGUGAGUGAAGAGCUAACAGAGUUCAGAGCAACCUCCAGAGACUGAAGGGAACUCAUGGCAAAGAACCAAUUCCCUCCCAUAUAAACCCUCAGAUUGCUUUGCGAACCCAACCGGGAAAUUCAAUUUCAUUCGAUCUCUCUAGUCAGGUUUACCCUUAUCCCCAUUACUCUAUGCUUUUAAUUUGAAUGCUCUGAAUGUAUGAGGUAUUAUGGGUGAAUUUGAUACCCUUUUGAUGCAUGUGUUUGACAAGAGGUUUAGGCCUCCUACCCUUGGUUGCUUUUUGUGAGCUUUUUGUGAAUUUUAAUGGCAAGAUUCAUGUGGUUACAUUUUGAUUCGGGGGCAACUCUGGAUUACUCUAUCUUGUUUCUCUAACCUGUUUGUUGAGUUUUUUUUGUGAGGGCUCACAUGACUCUUGCAGAGAUGGCUUGCCUGGUGUUCCACUUUAUUUGUGGGAGACGACCUGGAGGUUUAUUCCGAUUACCUGUACUGACUCACUUUCUUUGAUGGUGCUAGCUUGAGAGAUCUCUGGGUUUCUUAUUCCUUUAUUUGCUAUUGCUUCGGAUCUUUAUCCGUGUGACAUGGAAAGACAAAGAAGGAAUACAAAGAAGUACAGUUUCAGACAACCAGACUUGAAAGAGUUAAGGAAUUUGACAUCUUAUGUAUUAGAUCCCUUGGGUUUCAAAGCUCGUUUUGGGAAGCUUCUUCCUCUUCUGACUACUCAGGUGGAUGAAGGAUUGAUGAGUGUAUUGGUGCAGUUUUACGAUCCUUUGUACCGUUGCUUCACGUUUCCGGAUUUUCAGCUUUUUCCUACACUUGAGGAGUAUGCUUAUCUUGUGGGUAUACCUGUUCUGGAUCAGUUGCCGUUCAGUGGCUUGGAAAGGGUUCCCACUUCUCAAGAGAUAGCUGACAUGUUACACAUAGAUGAAUCUCUGGUUGGUGCUCAUAUGACUACCAAAGGAGGAACUCAAGGUCUCCCUUCUGAGUUCCUCAUUUCUCAAGCUACUAUGUAUGGGAAGGCCAUGAGUGAGGAUGCCUUUGAGGCCAUAUUUGUACUUCUCAUCUAUGGGUUAGUGUUAUUCCCCAACAUCGACAAGUUUGUGGAUGUGAACGGUAUUAGGAUUUUCUCUACUCUUAAUCCUGUUCCGACUCUGUUGGGCGAUACCUACUUCUCUUUGCAUAUGAGGAAUGCAAAGGGUGGUGGCGCCAUUGUGUGUUGUUUGCCGCUGUUGUAUAAGUGGUUUAUUUCUCACUUACCUCAGACGGUCGCUUUCAAGGAGAACAAGGAAUGUCUACGGUGGUCCACGAGACUUAUGUCUCUCACUAAUGAUGAUAUCUCUUGGUAUAACCGUGUGUAUGAUGGUGUGCAAAUUAUUGACUUUUGUGGAGAAUUCUCCAAUGUACCUCUUCUUGGUACAUGUGGUGGGAUUAACUACAAUCCUAUUUUGGCACGUCGGCAACUUGGGUUCCCCCUAAAGGAUAAACCCAAUAACAUUCUGUUAGAGGGUGUAUUCUUUCAGGAUGGUAAAGAUCCCCAAGGUUUGAAAGCUAGGAUGGUCCGCGCUUGGCGCAAGAUCCAUAGGAAAGAAAGGAAAGAGUUGGGUCCUAAGAAUUGCAUCACUUUGGAGCCUUACACUGUUUGGGUUAGGAAGAGGGCGUUUGAGUAUCUCAUGCCUUACGAGUAUCCGAGACCUACACCUAUGAUUAUGGUUGGGCCUUCAACCCUCCCUAAUCAAGGAGUAGAGGAGUUGAUAGACGAAGACCGUUCACGUGCCUGGUGUAGCACCUCAAAUUUGCACCUAUCAUUGUACAUACAUUCUCAUAUUAGGUCAUAACAUAACAUGGUCCACUGCAUAACAUUGCAUUGUCCCUUUGCUUCAAGUGCAAGCCAGUCAGAAGAAUUAGGUCAAACUAGUCAGGAGAUCAGUCAGUCAAGCAAGCAAGUACAAUUUUUUCAUUGAGCCAAGGCCCUAGGGUUGGUCCAACAUGUUCCCAUGACUUGGGGAUCCAUUUGAAGUGUUUUGGUCAAGGAUUGGAUGUUCAGAAGUCAUCAGUCAAUGCACAGUUUACCAGAAACCCUAAAAAGUCAACCUUGGUCAACUGGGCCUGAUUUUAUGGUUUUGAUGGUUGGAUUUGGUUUGAGAGGGCUCAUUCAUGUCCAUAUAGGCCUUAUAUAUCAUGUCAAACAUCAUCAUGGAAGAAUUUGAAGCCAGACAAGAAGUUUCCAAAAAUAGAAACUUGACCUGUAAUUGAAAUUUGCCAAAAAUGGAAACUUCUUGAUCCUAAACUUACAUCAUGAUACAAGCUUCAAAUGAAUUUUUGCCCAACAUGAAAGUUGAAGAUCUUGUUCUCCCAUUUCCAAAAAGUCCAAGAACACUCAAUUCCCAUGUAUGGUUGGCAAGUUAUGAUCAAUUCAUUCUCAAAAAUUUUUGAACUUCAAAAGGCCAUAUCUCUCAAACCAUUUGGCCAAAUUGGGUGGGGUUUUUUGCAACAAGUCACAUUUGAUCUCCUCAUUACAAAUAUGUAACCAUCAUUCACCAAAACAUCAUAGAUCAAAAUGGCAUUUUUGAACUUACAUGAAUUAAUUUCAAGUGAGGGUGAAAUUUGACUUUUUGAAAUAACCAUUUUUAAUCAUUUUUGCCAAUUGAAAUUGAUCAGAAUAUGUAAUUGGAACUUGCCCAAAGGCCCAUUUUCGAGCUGUAAGCAUUGCACCUCACCACUUAAGUGAAAUUGGCCAAAUUAGCAAAACAUGACAUUUUUCAAAAUUCCAAUUACCACAGAACAAAACACACUUAGCAAACCUUAAACAGCACAUAAAUAGCUCAUUUUCUCUCUGAGCAGAACCCUAGCAGCCACUCUAUACCAACAGAAAACCUCUUGUUCUCAAUUUUCAUUUUCUUCCAUUUUUGAAUCUUCUGCUAAAAACUCAAAGGAGCUCGAGCUACACUUGUUUGAUUCAUCACACACAAACCAUUUGGAGUCAUUUGCAAGCUCUGAAUCUCAACUGCAAAGCCUGUUUCACCACUGCUACAUCAAGAAUUCAUCCAUGGCAGUUCAAAGUAUGGAUGAUUUCAAGCCUUGCUGAGCUAGGAUCUUCAAGCAUUCACCAUUUGGAACUCAAAGCUUCACCUGUUUCAAGCCAAAACCACCAAAUCAUCACUGCUUCAUCAUUUUCUUCAAAAUCAAGUAAGAUUUCGAACCUCACCAUUUGCUAAAUCUUAACAUGUUUUGGAAAGGUCUUUGCAUGCUGAGUUCAUUAGUGGUCAUAGUUUUGAAAAUGAUUGUGUAUUUUUGAAGUUAUGUGGAAAUGAAUUUUGUUGUUCAUUAUUGUUUUUGUUCGAUUCAUGCUGGAUAAGUUGAUUUAGUGAAAAUGGAUGAUGUAUUCUUGAUGUGUGAUGUUUGCUGAGUCCAAUGAUGUGCUCAAUUUGAUUUUCUGGGCACAUUUGUUUUUUCACGAAUUUGGGAGGAUGAAGAUGAUUCACUGUUACAGCCAAACCCUAGUUUCCAUUUCCCAGGUUUUUGUUCUUUCACGUGUGCAUGACGCUGUUUCAUUGCCAGCCAAUCACAACAUUUUAUUUUCGUUACCAAUGCGCAACGUUUUGAUAAGUUGGCCAGGUUAUUACGAGUUUGCCAUUGCCGUGCCACUUGACCCAUUAAUUCAUGUUAUUUUUUGCAAUUUUAAUUUCAUUUGAUGCUUCAACUUACAAAAAUCAUAGCUCCUUCAUUUUAAAUCCAAAAUUCAUGGGACUUUUUGCAUUGUGUUUAUUUGGAUCUCUAGUAUUUAAUCAUGAUUUUUCCUGAUUUUUUUUGAUGAGUGGAUUUUAAUUGGUAUUAGGGUUUUGAUCAUGUGCUCAUAUUUUGUACCUUUUGCCAAAACAUUUGUGAAAUGAUGAUGCAUUAUCCAUUGGCCUUGAACUUUUUUGUGCUUAAACUAGACACAUUCAUGGUGAUUUUGGUAUAGAGGUUAUGAAUUUAUCAUCUCUGGUCAUUGAGUUAUGGUUUUUUGAAGAAGGGUGUGACAAUUUGUGUCACACCAUUGAUGUGCAACUUGAUGAUUUUCUAUACCAUGCCUCUUGACCUCAAAUUUGAUUGAAUUUUUGCAUGAAUGUAAUCUUGAAUGUGUAGUUUACAUGUGAUUUUUAUUGGGGUUAUUUGUGGCAUUUCCUAAUUGAUUGAGAUUUUUCUCCCCUAUUAGGUCUUAUAUUGACUUUUUGUGACACAUGUUCCCAUUUCAUUUGUGAAAUACUCAUACUUUAUUGGAUGGACAUGAAAUUUGAUAUGUGAUUAGUAGACAUCUUAAGCUUUGCCAUGGUUUUGAUCCCAUUCAUUUCUCAUAUGCUGUCACUGAUUUAUGAUUUUUUCAAGUUGAUGCAUGUUUGGUUGACUUCUUUGAGCAUGUUUAAAAUUGCCUUGCCUUUCUGAUUUUCAUUGACCACCUUCUACUUGUCCAAAUGAGUUGAAAUUUGACAUGCUUACCAUGCUAUGGAUUAUGUUUUACCAUGAUUUAUUUGAUGAUUUUUGGAAUUGUUUAUGAUUGGUUUUGAUUCAAGUCUUGCUGUUGACUUCUAUAGGCUUCCAUAUGCCAUGCUUUGACCUAAUUUGUUCAUGAAAUGAUAAUGAUGAAUGAUAUGAUGGUGGAACCAAUUGAGUUUGCUUCUUGAUUGUUUGAAUUUGAUUUUGAUUGGAUUUCAUUUGCUGUUUUGACUUUCUCAUCCCUUUUUGACCCUAGGCUUGUCCUAGUGGUCCUGUUGCUCAUGUUUGAGUUCAUUUUUUCAGGUUAAGCAACAAUUACCCAAUGAGACCAAUACAAAUUGAUUGAGUGUGCUUGUUUAUCAUUACUAAUCUAUUUGUUUUGUAGGUUGCUUGGCUCACAUGCCUUGAACCUUGUGCAUUGCACAUCUAUCUGCUUGUGUUGACUGUUAACCUUUGUUCCAUUCUGAUUUAACUUUGACUUGUAUGCUAACUGUGCUUGACUGAUUUCAGGUACUUUAGUUGCUUUUAGUUCCUUGUGAACUUUGCUUUGCUUUGCUUAAGAGCAAUUUGCAUUGAGGUACAUUCCAGAGCUUGGUUCACUGAUAGAGAUGGCAACAGUCCCAGAGCCGAAGCGGAAGACCUGUUCCUACAGCUUUCAUCGUGAGCCGUUGACUUCAUUGGUAGAGUUGGGUAGUCUUGUGACUAGCGAUCAGCUGAAGGGUUUUGUUGGGCAGUAUGGAGAUGUUCUGACUUUAUUGAAGACAGUAGUUGAUCCGGUGCCUUUGCAGACACUUCUUCAGUUCUAUGAUCCGGAGCUCAGAUGUUUCACCUUCCAAGACUAUCAGUUGGCGCCUACUCUCAAGGAGUAUUCUAUCCUGUUGGGUGUCUCGAUUCAGCAUCAGAUUCCUUUCUUGGACGUACCAAAAGAGGUUGACUUCAGAAUUAUUGCCAGAGCUCUCCGGUUGAGUGUCAAGGAAGUUUGUGAUAAUUGGAAGCCCAGUGGGGGAGUAGUGGGUCUGCCGUUGAAGUUUCUCUUGAGGGUUGCUGGAGAUGAAGAAGAGAAAGGGAAUUGGGAAGUUUUUCAUGCCCAGCUUGCUGCUAUGAUCUAUGGGAUCGUCCUAUUCCCAAGCAUGCCAAAUUUCAUUGACCAUGCUGCCAUCAGUAUCUUUAUGGGAAGGAAUCCAAUCCCCACUCUGUUAGCUGACACUUACUAUUGUAUUCACAGUAGGCAUGGUAAGGGUGGAGCUAUCAGAUGCUGUCUACCUCUUCUGCUCAGAUGGUUCAUGUCCCUUCUGCCAGCUAGUGGACCCUUUAUGGAUACUCAGAACACUCUUAAGUGGACUUAGAGGGUCAUGUCGCUCACAUCCUACGACAUCAGAUGGCAGUCAUACCGGAUGGACGUACGGAAUGUUAUCAUGAGCUGUGGAGAAUUCCGGAAUGUGCCACUCGUGGGGACCAAGGGUUGCAUAAAUUAUAAUCCAGUUCUGUCGCUCCGUCAGUUAGGGUUUGUAUUGAAGGGAAGACCGCUUGAGGCUGAAGUAGCCGAAAGUGUGUAUUUUGAGAAGCAGAGUGACCCGACUAGAGUGGAGCAGAUAGGAAGAGCUUGGAGAUCUGUUGGAGUGAAGGAUGGAUCCGUAUUAGGGAAGAAGUUUGCCAUUGCAAUGCCCGAUUACACUGAUUGGGUAAAGAAGAGAGUGGAAACUUUGUUGCUACCCUACGAUAGGAUGGAGCCGUUGCAGGAGCAACCACCUUUGGUUCUUGCUGAUAGUGUGCCUGCUGAGCACUAUAAGCAAGCUUUGAUGGAAAGUCGUCGUUUGAGGGAGAAGGAGCAGGACACCUAGAUGGAGUUGUACAAAGCUAAAGCUGAUAGGUUGCACUUGGCCCAUCAACUCAGGGAAGUGCAAGGAGAGGAUGCUAGCAGAGCAAGGAGCAAGAAGAGAUCCUAUGAGGAGAUGGAGUCCAUGUUGGAUGCAGAGCAUAGAGAGUGUUUGAGACUGCAGAGAGCUGAGGCCAACUAUCAGAAGAAGAUCAGAGACCUAGAGAAGCAACUCAAAGACAAAAACAUUUAGUUGAAGAAAGAGGUUGAUUUAAGACAGACAUCAGAGGAGUAUCUUGGAGGAGAAGUCUUGGAGCUUAGAAGACAGCUGAAGGAGAAGAUCACCCCUCUACCAGAAUGUUCAGAAUGCACACUGUUGAUAGACCAGUGCCAUUACCUGAAGACCCUCAUUCCGGAAGACCGUCUGUCUUAGAUGUAUUUGUUGAGAAUCACCUCCAGGCUUGUUGGAUGGGAUUCAUUUGUUUGU